AUGGCUUGUGUAGCUGUAAACUCUCUUGUGAGAACUAUUGAGCUUGAGUUCUUGCAACCUCAACCUCGCCCAAUCGUACUACAAAAGCAACUCAUCCCUAGCAAUGAAAAGUUGAUCCAAAAUCUCCACCAGAAGCUUGGUAAUCUGAUAGAGCUGUUCGAUGAGAACAGGAUGGAUAAUAUCCAAGCUAUUAAAGAAUUGGAAACUAAGCUCAGAGAUGUGGCUUUCCGAGUGGAAGAUGAAAUUGAAUUCCAAAUCGUACAUCUUUAUGAUGAAGAAGAAGAUUUGGGAAUUGCAGAUCUUUUUGGGGAAACAGGGUAUUCAUUCAAACUUGGUUGUAUUUUGGAAGAAGCAAUAAGAGACAUUGAUGUCAUCCACAAAGAGUUGUCCAAAGUGAAGAUGGAGUACAAGCCGCGUGUCACAGCCGCCUUGCAAGCAAGGAAAACAACUACACUUGCCGAAGCUUCUACCAUGAUGGCGGGGGGGGGGGGGGGGGGGGGGGAUUCCUCCCAUCACCAACACGCUUCACACGCCCAGCCCCUGCACGGCAGCAGCAUAAUGGUGGGGAAAAACAAUGACUUCCACAUUGUAAAGGCUAUGCUAAUUCAGCAUUCAUCAAGGCAACUGGAAAUUGUCUCCAUUCAAGGUAUGGGAGGCAUCGGCAAGACAAUCUUAGCUAAACUAGUUUAUAAAGAUUCAUCAGUUGUCUCCCACUUUGACAUCCGAGCUUGGGCUGUUGCCUCACAAUAUCAUAAUAAGUUACAAAUGCUCACAAAUCUUCUUGAAUCAACGGGUCGUGUAGCUAGUGGCACUCAAGAGGAUCGGCUAGCACAACAACUGUACCAAAAUCUGAUGCAGCAAAGGUACUUGGUUGUGAUAGAUGACAUUUGGAGUGUAGAGGCUUGGGAUUCCAUCAAAGCUUGCUUUCCGGAUAAUGGAAAUGGCUGUCGAGUUUUGUUGACCACUCGCUCUGCAAAGGUGGCUACUAUUAUAGGCUCUAACAAUGACUUUUCACAUCAAAUACAAUUGUUAGGAGAAGGUGAUAGUUGGAAUCUAUUUCAUGAAAUGACAGGCAAAUUUCAGGGUUUUGAAUUCGAUAUGAUUGGGAGACAGAUUGUUGAGAAAUGCAAAGGAUUGCCUUUGGCAAUUGUUGUUGCUGCAGGUUUAUUUUCCAAACUUUAUACGCUAGACGAGUGGAAGAAUGUCGCAGAAGCUCUAAAUUCAUCUGCAACAACAACAACAAUUGAUGAAGAAUGCUCAAGGAUACUCUCAUCCAGUUACAAUCACUUGUCUCACAAUUUGAAGGCUUGUUUUUUAUAUUUGAGCAUAUUUCCAGAAGAUGCGGAGAUCGAUGUUAAAGAAAUUAUAAAGUUAUGGGUUGCUGAAGGGCUUGUAAAGACAUCUAAGGAUAUGAGCUUUGAUGCAGUGGCAAGAAGGCACAUUCAAGAACUCAAGGAUAGGAACCUAAUUGUUUUAAGUAAGCCAAGUAGUUGUGGAAGAAAAGUAAAGACAUUUAGAAUGCAUGAUUUAUUGCAUUCUUUUUGUGUGAGGGAAGCUAAAAAGGAGAAUCUUCUACAUGUUGUCUAUGAAAGUGGGUCCAAAUUCCCUCAGAAACAUUUCCGAUGGGUAAGCAUCCAAUCACGAAGGUUAUACAAAGAAACAUUAUAUUCUUCUUUAAUAAACUGUCGAUCCAUCUUCUGCUUUUCUAGACCGCAUACAUCUUCAAAUUCAAAAAUUAGCCCUCUAUUAAGAGUACUCUAUAAUACUCAGUGUGAGAUUGCUUAUCUUGUCCAUUUGAGAUGCAUAUUGUCAUGGGUGGCAGCUUCUACCAUUCCAUUUCGUAGUUGGAAUCUUCAAACACUUUCCGUUUGCCGUAUUGAUGAAAUGAGCUUUUUAGAGUUUCCACAACUACAACAUCUCCGUAGUCUCGGAAUUCCUAUGGAUUUUCCCAUAUGUUUUCAUCAAAACUUGAAGAGCAUUGGUAUGUUGAGAGUUGAUCACUGCACAAAAGAAUUUUUUACCAGUAUUCCAUACGUAAAGAAGGUAAAGAUUGAAUCUGAAGGAGGUUGGAAUGAUUGCAUUAAUAACAUUGCCUAUUUACACCAACUCCAGAGUCUGUUUCUUUUAAGUAAUAGGCAUCGGAUUCUGAUUCCAAAUAACAACUGCAUUGUUAAUUUGAAAAAUCUUAUGAAGUUGAGGUUGCUUUAUGUGAGCUUUGAGGGGAACGCAAUUAAUAUUUUUAGCAAGUUGCCUAAACUUGAGGUGCUACUGCUAAUACAGUGUGAGUGGAUCGGUGGAGGGUGGGAACUACUCGAAAAUGAGAGUUUUGACAAGUUAAUUUAUUUGAAAAUUAUUGCGAGUAAUCUUAAGCGUUGGGAAGCAAGUGAUUGUCAUUUUCCGAAUCUUGAGCGUCUAGUCCUUCAUUGGUGCGAAGAAUUGGAAAUGAUCCCAGCUGAGUUUGCAGAAAUUCAAAACUUGAAGUUAAUCGAAUUGCAUAGAUGUCUUCAAUCUGCGGUGGAUUCUGCCAAGGAAAUUCAAAGAGAACAACAUGAGCAUGGAAAUGAUAAUAUGGUUGUCAUUGAGGAAGACACAAUAGAGCCUCUCUCCAGCUCUGAUGAUGAACUUGAGCCAUAGUUUGUCAACAGUUGGCACUCAAACUUGAGCUGCUUCACCAUCCAACACAGUACUUCAUCCAUUUGACAUCAAACUAAUUAACUAACUCUGUAACUGACAGUUGUUAGAUUAGUUUAGAGUUAGUUUGGUUAGCUUAGAGUUUAAAUACUUCUAUUUUUCUUCCCUGCAAAAUAUUCAAUCAUUCUUGUAGUUAAUUGUGUUGAGAGCAUCAGUCUGUAAAUGCAAGUAUUCAAUGAAACAGUAACUCUUCUUGGUUUUCUCCCUAAAUCCUUCUGCUUCUGCGUCCCUUUCGACAUAGUUGAAUAAAAGCAUAAAAGGUGGCCGGGUCGGCCUAUUCUUCGCGGUGUAGAAGUUAUUGCAUCAUCGCUCAUUUUUCCGGAGUCCAGGAGAAAAUCACCUCUCCAUCGGUAUGUAGUCUGUGAUGUUUUAUUUAUUUAUUUUAUAUAUUUAAAUUCAUAUAAUGCUCUUCGCAUAUCUGAAUUGAAGAAUGUGAAUCAUACAUAUAUAUUUGCAAAUUGCAAUUGCAUAACCUCCUCAAAUACCUGAUAAGAGAGCUCUUAUAUAUUUUUUUUUGGACAUACGAGGGAGGAACCCAGUCAAUCCACCAACCACAAACUAAGCGUCAAGCAAGACAACUCUCCCCGUACAGACACCUAUAAGGUCAUUGCAAACCUGGCUUCUACAUCCCAAGGGUGGCUCAUCAAAUUCCAUCCAGUCUGUCUCCCCACCAAGUGGAAGCUUAGCCAGCUCAUCCGCUACCUGAUACACGUGCACUAUCUUGCACCCUCCAUCAAUACUCAUCUCCCUGAGAUGUUCCAUGAUGGUGUCCUGUUGUGAGAGGUGCAUGCAUGAAGUUACAAUCUCCUUAGAAUCAAUGUGGAUUUCACAGUUUUCAUAUCCUCUGCUUUUAACCCAGUGCAUCCCCAUCGCCAAGGCCUUCCACUCUGCUUCUAAGGGCGUCGCAGUCUGAAACUUCUGGGCACAUCCCGCAAUCCAAUUACCAUGUUUGUCUCUGAGAACAGCUCCUCCGCCCGCAAUGUUGUCGCUAUCUCUGUAGUUGCCGUCUACGUUCAAAAUGAAUUUGGCAAUAUUGGUCGUGGGCUACCACUUAAGUUUUUUGGGACCGAACUUUACAUGGGGUCCCCUGGUUUAGAAACUCUAGCAAAAGCUCUUCUAGUGUCUUGCCUUUGUUUCUCAAUCCAAUCAAUUUUCCGCUGGAUAUUUCACACAUUGCCUUGAAAAGUCGUGGUGUUCCUCCACUUCCACAACCACUAUAUAACAAUAGCAAAAGUAUUUUUCCAA